AUGAUCUCCUCCAUGGAUCAUGACCCUGGAAUAGCUGCCUUAGUUCCUCUACUCUCUUACUGGUUGGAUGAAAUCUUUCAUCCAACUCUGCUGGUUUCCAUAAUAUGCAAUCAUCCUGCUGGAACACAUCCAUUGGCCCUCGUGCUCAUGUUGGUUGUUAAUUUCCUCAAGCUGUGGUCAGGUCAGUGGCAGUUUGUUGGGCUAGACAAGCCCAUCCGGAUCUUUAUGGGAGAGGGUAGUUUCUUCUGCUUCCUCUCUCCUGAGACAAAUGCCCAGGCCAUGGAAGUGUGGUUCUUUAAAGAUUACUUCUCUGACUUAGUCCACCUGUACCAAGAUGGUAAAGACAAGAAAGACAUGCAGAUGCCAGCCUAUCAAGGGAGAACAGAGCUGGUGAAGGACUUCAUUGUGGAUGGACAUGUGUUCCCGAGGUUGCAGAAAGUCACUCCCUCAGAUGCUGGCCUGUAUGGGUUCUGUUUCAGCUCCCAGACACAUGAACAGAAGGCCAUCUGGGAACUGCAGGUAGCAGUUCUGGGCUCAACUCCUCUCAUUUCUAUUAUGGGAUAUGUUGGUAGAGGCAUCCAGCUACUCUGUCAGUCCUCUGGUUGGUUAUCCCAGCCCAUAGUGAAGUGGAAAGACUCAGAAGGACUUGAACUACCUGCAGACUCCAAAGUGAAUAAAGACUCACAUGGUUGGUUUGAUGUGGAGACCUCUCUUGUGGUUCAAGAAAAUUCUGAGAUCAUAUCAUGUUCCAUGCUACUUGCUGACCAGGGUCCAGACAUGAAAUCCAGAAUAUUGAUAGACAUAGGCCUGCAGAGCCGCUGCUCUGUUCUGCCGGACUCUCCAUCCCUUGGACUGCGCCUGGCCACAGCCCCGCACCAGACCCACACUAAGCUGGGAUUCCCGCCCCUCGGCCACGCCGCCAGACCCAUAACUACCGGGAUCCCUGCCCCCUGGCCACACCAGAAACCAGGUGGGAACCGGUCUCACAGCUUGCCGGGAUACCCGCCCACCGGAGCCCACUGGUCUUCAGGCAAUGCUGAGCUCCAGCUAUGCGUGGGAUGA